CUCAGGUAAGAGGAAGCUACUGCAUGACGGUUAAAAGUUAAUAACAAACGGCGGAUAUCGAAAUUGUCGGUUCAAGAAGUUUGUGACCAUUUCUCAUGACCUAACACCUGCAAUCAGCUAUGAAGGAGAAGGAUCUUGAUAAAGAUACCAUUGUAGCGUACCACGCGUACCUACAGACGCGCAUCCACAACGAGCUGAAUGGCGUGGGACUGGGCCCAGGAUCGCUUCCGUGUCGUAUGGGACUGAUCUGCAUCGCCUUCUCUCUGGCGUCCCUCGUCACGGGUGUACUGGUCAUCACUCUGAGACACAGACAUGUCUACCUGGUGGACUGGUGGCACGCUUUCAUCGGACCAUUCUUCAUCAUUCUGUCACUGAUACUGAUCACGCUAGCUACCUACCUGAUCAUCACAGCCAAGAGACGCAGCAAUCAGUACAGACGAGAACUGUUUUUCCGUCCAAUCGGGGACUAUGGCGUGGCAGUUGUACACAAGAGCACGUUGAUCCAUGAACAGGAGCACAGGUCGGACCUCAAGACUGGCACCACACCACACAGAAAAGUCCUGCCCAGUUCUGAUGCCUUUUCUUCGCGCUCGCGGGACCGCAAGAAGGGCCAUGAGAACCGAGGCUACAGUCACAAUGGUCAGGAGGAUCGUCAUCAGAGGGAUGGCCGAGACAGACGCCAUGAUGAUGACAGAAGACGCCAUGAUGACCGCCACAGAGACAGGGACCGUGAUGACAGAAGACGCCAUGAUGACCGUGAGAGGAGGCGACCCCCAGAUGACAGACGAGAUGACCAUCGCAGGCCUCCCAGAGAUGACAGAGACCGAGGUGACCAUGAGAAAAGGCGACCUCCACCAGAGAAUCGUGAGAGAGGAGAUCAUGAGAAACGACGACCACCACCCGGUGAUCAUGAGAGGGGAAGUCAAGAGAAACGACCACCACCACCAGAGGACGGAGAGCAGAGGACAUCUACUCAGGGCGGUCGGAGAGCAGCAAGGGGAGCGCCAAAGCUUCAAGUUACAGACACCUCUAAGGAUAGUAAACUUGUUUUGGAUGCUGACUUCGGGAAGCCUGCAGAUGACGAGUCCGAGCUGUAGAUGACCUUCACCUUGUUCAUCCAUAGCCAGAUCUGUCUUGUGUAGCAACAGGAAACUGGGAACCACACAUUUGAGAUGCAACUUUCCAAAUUUUAAUUGUAUGUGAACAUAAUUCCAUGGAGUUAAGUGAUGUAUGAUUUCUUCCCAAGUGCUAUUACAAAUAAACUCAUGCUCACAGUACACCACAGUGGGGACCUUCCAGGGGGUGUGCUUGCUGAUUUGUAAGUGAACUGCAAUAGUACUUUACUGUGAGGGAAUCAGCUGGUCGCAGCCAUUCACAGCAAUUCUGAUCACGUUAAUCAUAAUACUGAGUAGGCCAUGAUGUUGGCAUGAUGGAUUUUCUGCAGCCUUGUAUAUAUGUGCAUCAAUUAUAUUGGCAUGUAGUUUCUAUACAUUCUAGGAAAUGAUUUGUGAAUGUAAAAUCAUGUAAAAACUUUCUUAAGUUUAUCUUCUGUAGUUUGUCUGAAUACAUAGUACUGUUUCUAUUUACAUGGUCCAUUUUCAUCUCAAGAAGAAAUUCAAUGACAUUCAUAAAUCUCAAGAUGUACAUCAAGAUAAAAUCAUCCGCAUAUUUUUAUCUCCAUAAUUAUGAUUCAUGUUUAUAAUUGUUAUGUAUCGUUUUAACUGUUUAUGAUUAUAUUGUUAUCUUCAGACAGUGAUGGCAGUAUAUGAACAUAGGAACAUUCCUGUGAGCUCUUGCCGAUUUGAAGCCAUUUUGGAAAAGGGUUCAUCAUACAUUAUUUGAAUGCUCUGACUUUGUUUUGUAACAUAUCAUAACUUUCCAAA